AUGACAGCUUCUCCUGAGCAGGUGGACAAUUCUUUUCAAAGUAUACCAGAAACUGAUGCUUCUUUUGAGGGCAAAAACUUGGCAUUAUCCCAUCUUGAUGAUGUCAUUGACUCUGUUGUUUCUGAAGCCAUCGAAUACGCUGAUAAACCCCCUGAGGAGAGAACACUUCCCAAAUUAAUCCGGAAGGCUCCUCCUCCGCCUCGUGUUCGUCCCUCUUUAAAUAUGAACGACUUCAAUCAGGCUCGCAAUUUCGCUACACCAAAUGGUUUAAAUCAAAUGCCAUUCCUAGCUGCUAGUGGUCCUAAUCAAUUCCAGCAAAAGCUAAAUGAACAAUUCCCGACAAUGGUACCGUUUAAUUCUGGUCAAGUGACAACGGCUGCUCAGCAACAAUUAUUAAUGCAGUAUAAUGGACAGUAUCCAGCUCAACAACAGCAACAACAACGUCAGCAACAGCAGCAACAACAACAACAGCAGUACUCACAAGCUGCACAUUUUCAAGCCUUACAGAAUCAACAAGCUCAAUAUCAAGCAGUUAAUGCAGCAGCCUUAGCGCAAAUGCAACAACUGCAGCGUCAACAAAUGCAGCGUCAACAACAACAGCAGCAACAACAGCAAAUGUCUACUCCAAAUCGUCAUAUGUUGUAUUCAGCGUCUGGAUCACCUCCUAUCAGUCCAGCGGUAGUAAAUAAUUCUCCUGGAGCUCAACAACAGCAACAACAACAACAAGCUCUAGCUUCAGCACAACAACAAUUACAUCAGUUGUAUGCAGCGGCUCAUCAGCUGCCUGGCAUGAUGCAAACUUUCCCUCCAAAUCAAGUUCAACAACCAAAUAUUCAACAAAGUAUACAAAGUCAACAACAACAACCUCAAGUACAACAACAACAACAGCAGCAGCAACAAGUAUGCAAUCAACGCGUAUGGACAAAUGCUGAACAACUACAAGCAGCUCAACAACAACAGUUAGCCGUUGCAGCGGCGGCUGCUGCAGCUGCAUUCAAUCCUAAUUCAGUUCAACAACAAUACAUGCAACAACAACAGCAACAGCCUUCACCCCAACAACAAGCAGCUCAACGUAUGACAAACGAUUUUCAAGCCUAUGCUUAUCAACAGUAA